UUGACCUGCUCUGUAUUUAAUUAUUGUUUUCAGCUUCAACUUGACCUCCUCUGUAUGCGAACCACAACGGGCUUAGGCUAACUAGGUUUAGCGAUAUACCCUAACGCCCACACAAUGGCUUCCCAAGACCGCAUCUCCACAUUAUUCAGACAUUUACACAACUGUUACGAGAGAGAAAUUUGGCAGAGUGGUCAAACACGUAAACUUAGAUACUCUAUUUGGGAUGACUGGAGACAUGGAAGAUAAAGAAAAUGCAUCGAAAAAUCUCGAGGAAGAGGGGAACGCGGACGAAGAAAGGAUGAUCAAGCGAAAACUCGGUUUAGAAUGUGGCGUGAAGAAGAUUACGGAGCAGCGAAGUUUCGAAGUCCGAUAUUUCGGCAGUACGAUGCUCGUGGAGCCAGACAUGAAGCGAAUCCGCGAGGCCAUUCGACAUUUGAUCGGUGAUAUUAUAGUGAAGGGCAAGGAACGAUCACUACCAAAGGUUACCGUACAGAUAUUGCAAGAUGGACUUCACUUGAAGGAGAAACAAAAAAAGUCGGAAGAGAAGGUUAUACCGAUACGCAAGCUAUCCUACGGCACGGUUAUGAAAUCGAAUGUUCAGCUACUUGCGUUUAAUCAUCAUAUGGAUAAAACACCGCCGAAAAUGGAGUGUUUCGUUGUCUUGUGUGAAACGGACGAGGCACUCAAAGAGAUUGGACUGGCGAUAUACAGCGCUGUGCGAGAGCAGCAUUUUCAAAGCGUCCGAGAGCUUAGAAAGGGAUCGCGACCGGGCUGUGUGUUGGAGGAAAAGGAAGCCAUUAAGUCCGUCGAGAGCGCGUGUGAACCCGCCGCGACUGACGUUAGCCGUAGCAAUCUUAGCGAAAAGGCUUCCCCUCACGUGAACUUUGAACUUCAUGAUGAAGCCGAUCAGUAUCUUUCGUUGCCCGAUCUCUCCGACAGUCAGAACGAAUCGGAUUUGCGAACGGCUUUGGAGGACAUGUUGAAAGUUGUCGAGGAAGAGGAAAUGAAAAAUUGUCUAACGAGUGACGCGAAAUGUGAGUCAUGAAAACGAUAAUUGUGAUCUGUGAAGCUGUUGACUAGUACGUGUUUGAACACACAAGCGCUGGUUCCAUGAAAUUGAUUUAAUUUCUUGAUAUGAUUUUGCACAAAGAAAAUGUUGUAAUAAUGCGACAGAAUAUGAGUAGUCUACGAUGAUUAAGAGAAUGAUUUAAUAUCAUUAAUAUAGUUGCACUAAAGAUAUUCUAUUUGUACAGACUACAGAUUGCCGAAUGAAUAA